AUGGUUUCUAUGGCCGGUGCAUCGCCUGUCACAAUAAUAUUAGAGAAUGGAGAAGUAUUUGAGGAAAACCAAGUGGAUGUGCAACCCGAACCACCUGAAGAAGCUGAGACACCGGGGGCCACUGAAUCGGACAUGAUAUUGACACCAGAACAGAAAACAGCAUUGGAAAAUGACAUAGAAGGUCUCCAAACUAGGAAAGCACAUGCUGAUGUAACUAAACGUUGGCCUGGUGCUAUUGUGCCUUGCGAAAUAUCAUCUACAAGUCAAGGUGACACAGAUGUAAUUCUUAGUGCAAUCCAAUAUUGGGAAAGCGUUUCGUGUCUAAAAUUUCCUGCUUAUAGCGCUUCAGCAGGUCACACAUCGAGAAUCCGAUUUAUAAAAGAUGCAGGAUGUUGGUCAUACGUGGGCCUCGCAAAUCCCGGUGGGGCACAAGACAUAUCAAUCGGAAGUGGGUGCGCAUAUAGGGGAACAAUAGCUCAUGAGAUUGGUCAUGCAAUUGGUUUCUGGCAUGAACAAAGUAGAUCUGAUAGAGACGAUUAUGUAAUUAUUCACAGUGAGAACAUACAAUCCGGGAAGGAACAUAAUUUUCGUAAAUACACUUCAGCAACUAUCAACUCUUAUGGUGUGGCUUAUGAUCCGGGAUCACUUAUGCAUUAUGGGACACACUAUUUCAGCAAAAAUGGUCAACCAACCAUCAGCGCGAAGAACCCUGCCGAUCAAGCUAAGAUUGGUCAGCGUAAUUAUCUGAGUGCCGCUGAUAUUGAACUUGCCAAUAUAAUUUACAAUUGCCCUGCAGGAGUAAACAAAAUUUAUGGUAUUGGAACCGAUAGAAAAAUAUACAGUAGAGACGAUAUUCAGGGAACUUGGUCUGGUCCAGCACCGAACAGCUGCUGUAUAAUUGCAAUGACUGUUCUACACGAUGGCACUAUCGUAGGUGUUGGUACAUCCAAUCGAUUGUGGACAAAGAGCAGUCUAGAUGCGACUUAGCAAGGUCCUGUAGCAAAUAGUGGUUCAGUGAUGGAUGUUACUGUAAUGCCUGAUGGUACAAUCGUUGGUAUUGGUAUGAACAACCUUUUGUAUACUCGUCCUGGUGUUCAGGGAUUAUGGUCUGGCCCUGUUGCAAAUAGUGGAU